CGUACUGCACACUACAAGACCGCUGCACGCAACUCAGCAGCGUUCGGCUCCUUUGCCACCGCUGCCUGAGAAAGGAGGCGAAGUACGUUAUGGGUUGAUCCCUGAGGAGUUUUUCCAGUUUCUCUACCCUAAAACAGGAGUUACAGGACCUUACAUGUUGGGCACUGGACUUGUGCUUUACCUUCUGUCUAAGGAAAUUUAUGUAAUUAACCACGAGACGGUUGCAGCUGCCUGCAUAUUGUCAGUCAUCAUUUAUGGCGUCAAAAAGUUUGGGCCGAGUGUAGCAGAGUUUGCUGACAAACUUAACGAGGAGAAAGUUGCUAAAGCUUUAGCAGUGAAAAACGAGUCUAUCCAAGGUCUGCAGACGGCCAUCGAGCAGGAGAAGAAGGAGCAGUGGCGGGUCGAAGGCCUCCAUUACCUCUUUGAUGCCAAGCGGAACAACAUCGCAAUGUUGCUGGAGACUAAUUAUCGAGAAAGGCUGCUGAUGGUGUACAAUGAAGUGAAGAAGCGGCUGGACUACCAGGUGGCCAUGCAGAACCUAAAGCGUCAGAAAGAACAAGAUCACAUGAUUCAGUGGGUGGAGAAAAAUGUCGUUCAGAGCAUCACACCUCAACAGCAGAAGGAGAGCAUUGCCAAGUGCAUUACGGACCUGAAGGCGCUAUCGAAAACUGCUCAGGCCGCGGUGUGA